UGCCCUAAUUCAAAGUAUAAGUGAGGAGUCUACAUCCCACUGGUGCAAGUCAAAGUGUCAAACACAAAAAUCCACAGUCCACAGUCUCCACACUCCCAGUCCCAAUUUCCCUCCCUUGAACAAAACCCUCUGCAAAACCCCCAAAUUCCAAAAAACCCUAACUCAAAACCUCCACCGUCAAACAUGCCGGCGCCGUCAAAUUCCGACGAUCAACUCUCUCUCCUCCCACUUCCACCAUCUCCUCCACAACAACCCAUAGUUUACCCUCUCCGCCAUUCUCUCUCCUCCCCAAUUUCUCGCAUCGCCAUUUCCUGGUCUCGCGGCAACUCUCUCCGACUCUCUCUCCUCCCUCAACCUUCCUCUAAUGACGGAAAUCAUGUUAAUGGCGGCGAUGAUUCUUCCGGUGGUGGUAGUGUGGUGGAGGUGAAGCUUUCUGCUGGAAAUAGUGGAAUUGAUGAUGAUUCUCAAUGGAGGAGGAUUGUUUAUGGUUCUGUUGCUCCGUUUGCGAUGUUUCAGAAUCGAAAGAAUUCGGUUUUCGCUUUGUCUAAGCUUUCUUUGCCCAAUGUUGAUUGGUGGGAGUAUGUCAUGGAGUAUAGCAAGGAGAUUAACUCACUUCUUGGUACAACAAAGUCAAUGGCUAGUAUUGUUGAAGACCCUAGAAGAAUUCUGACGGUAGAUGAGGAACCAACAAGUUUAAAGGCUGCAUGGGAGCUACUGGAAAUCUUUUAUGCUGACAAACAGUCUCAAACUUGGCUACCUGAACGUCUUGUUGAUUGGCUAGCUGACUAUGAUAACCUCUUUUCAGAAACUCAACAUACGGUGUACUCAAAACUUUUGGAUUUGCAACAUCAUAUUUUGCAUUUGCAGGUGAUUGAGGACGAUCCAAAGUACUGGGAUUGUUUGUCAUCAGCGCUAUCUCUUGGCUGGUUGGAUAUUGUGGUUAAACUACUACGUCUGCACGGGUCAUAUGAACUUGAUCAGAUUGGAAAACGUGAGACAGAAAAUGGUCUGGUUGAAGCAGUAGUUGUUCUUGUUUCAAAAAUGCCACGUCUACGUCCUGAACUGCAAGCUGGAAGAUUGGGGGAAUGCUAUAGAAAUAAGUCUGACUUCGUCAAGGGUUGGGAGACGUGGCGUGCACGAGUUACUAAGCUGGAGUGCAGUUCUUUCUGGGUUGAUUGUGGCCACCAGAAAACGAGAGAGGGUCUGAGAAAAAUUCUACAGAUUAUGCUGGGAAACACUGAACAUCUUUCUGCUACAACAUACAAUUGGGUUGAACUUUACAUAUCUCACUUUCUAUACAUCAGGCCAUUCACAGUGGGGUUAGAAAGUUUGUACGGCCUGGCCCAGAAAUGCAUACAGUUGAAGCCUGUUUCUCAUCCUCAUAGUUUGAUGGGACUUAUGGUUGGGAUUCUCGGAGAAAAUACUGAGGUUGUCUUAGCGGAAUGCUCUAGAGCUUUUGGCCCUUGGAUGGUGACUCAUGCCAUAGAGUUGUUGACUGCUGGAAAUGAUCAGUCAGAAAUUCUUUUGCAUGAAGUGCGCCAGAACUUGGGAGGGGUUAGUAUCGAGGAGCUCCAUCGGCUUGUAUAUGCUCAAGUUCUCGCUUCUCAUCAAUUAACUUGGCAGAUUGCUCCAGUAUAUUUGACAUCGUGCAAGCCAGGAAUAGGCAUGUUAGAGAUUUUGCUGUAUAGGCAACCUGUACACUUCAAGCAAGGAUUGCUCAAAAGCCUAGAGAUCUGCCGUUUAUAUGAACUUGAUGAUGUCAGCUCAAAUAUCAUGAAGAUUGCUGGCAUACAUCACUGGAAGCAUGGUCGAAAGGGGUCUGGUAUCUUCUGGCUCCAACAAGCUCAGGAUGAAAUUCGUCUCAAUAAAAUAGCUCAGCAGUUGUUUGAUUUUGUUGGGAAAUCAAUAUCUGAAGAGAGCUUCAAGCAAUGGGAAGGAUUGAUUGAAUUAUUAGGUUCUGACACAAGAACUGCCGGGGGUCUAGAGUUUCUGCACAAGUACAGAGAUUUCAAAAGAUCCCUGCAGCAAGCUGUUGAUGGAAAGGCUUCUGAUGCUGCAAGGCAAGCAGUGGAAUCCCUCAUUAUGCUCAUGAAGAAUUCAUCCACGCCUCAACGAUUCUGGUUACCUCUUCUUUAUGACUCGUUGAAACUGCUCACGUGGCGAGAGGGUCCUCUUCUUGAUGUUGCACAGACCAACCUAUUGCUGAAUAAGUUGCAAGAGUUGUCUAUUGCGAGGAUGCGCCCUGAUUAUGUCGAAGCUGACCUGCCAACCCAAGCAUUGAGUUCUGUCCGGUUGGCUCUUGCUACAAAUCUUGGGCGUGCUAUUCUUGAAGAGCAGUGACAUUUUGUGUAAUUUUGAAUGAAUCCAGUCAUGCAUCACCACUUCCAAUCGGUCUGAAAAUUCUUGGCAUGAAGCCAUCAAUAGAUCAUACUAAAUUAAUUGUGUAAUGGUUCAUCUGCUGUAAUUUAUACCCAUUGAGCCCCGUGCAGUUGGUAAGAGAUUUAACACAUUCUGUGGUGAGGGGUGACAGGGUUGGAGCUAGGUAAGGAAUGUAACAUUAGAGGUUCGUAAUUUGUACAAGUAAAUUAGUGGUCAUAGUAAAGAUUUUAUGUAGAUGCUACUGAAGCGAGUGAAUUGUUUUGACAGCAAAUGGGAAUACAGCCUGGGCAUUGAAGGGAAUGUAGAGUUGUCUUUAAAUCAUAGUGCUAUAUAGAUUGAUGAAUGAUUUUAGGUUUGACAUAGCGUUGUGCUUUGUAGUUACUAAUGGCUUUAAUGUAGGGCGAAUGUCUCUUGAAGACGAUGGUGCAAGUCUUAUUUCCUUGAAGCUAUUGUAAGCACAAUCCUUUAGUAACAGAUGAAGAAAUAUCUGGUACACUUUAGCUUCUUAUGCAUAACCAUUGGGAUAC